CGGCCGGCGAGGCCGCCCUGCGCGUCUGCUUCGAGGAGCUGCGGCUCUCGGACGCGGCCGCACUGCGCGUGUGGCCCCCGGCGGAGCGUGCGGGGCCGCCGCGAGCGGCCUUCGAGCUCGCCUGCGUCUCGGAGGUCCGCAUCUCCUCCUGCCCGCAGCUGACCUGGCUGCCCCUCGGGGUCUGCGCCAUGCACACCAUGAAGGCCCUGGUGCUCAUCUCCGACAGCCUCUCAGAGCUCCCCGCGGAGGUCGGGCAGCUCGCCCAGCUGACUCAGCUGUUCCUGAACGGCAACUUCCUGCGGGCGGUCCCCGAGGAGGUGGGAGCCCUGCCCGUCCUGGAGGAGGCCUGCUUCGAUUCCAACCAGCUGGAGUCGUUGCCGCCCUUCACCUCGCCGAAGCUGGUGCUCUUCACCGCCCCUGCGAACCACCUGGCGGAGAUGCCGCCCCUCGCAGGCGGGCUCGACCGGCUGGAGGUGCACGGCAACCGCCUGACCGUGCUCGUGCCGCCGGGGUCCUUGGCCCGCUGGGACAACAUCAAGAACUUGAAGUUGAUGGGGAACAGGCUCCGCGCGCUCCCCGAGGCUCGGGAGAGGGUCAGAGGAAAAUGUCCCCAGAGAGCAGCAAAAACAUAAACACAAUUUGUUGGAACUCCGCGC